AUGUGGAGACGGUUUGCUGCAGCAUCGAACACGCCAGCUGCCGACGCUGGCAAUGGAGUUGUUGCAGAGGCCUUUUGGCAGAUGCCCGCCGAGCUCGUGAUGCUGUUCGUCCGCGUGGAAAAGGGCACCAGGCAUCAGUUGCGGCAGGAGUACUUUCAGUUCUUCGACCACGAGGGCAACAUCAGUGGUUACGCAGGUACAACGAGGAAGGACAGCGGUUUGUCACGCUACAAAUGCAUUGGGCUUCUUUCUCAUAUGGUUGCGCAGAAGAACAGUUUCAUGCGAUGGUUGAGGGACAUGAAACCUGUUCACACCAUCUUUGUGCGUAUCUUCGACGACACGAACAUAUAUGUUAGCCCGGAAACUGGGCCCCCAAAGGCAGCAGACACGGAAGAGGAUGACACACAGGAAUGCGGCAAGGAAGAGCGGGAUGAGGAGGAAGAGGAGGGCGGCCUGUGUGCAACAGGCUCAAAGAGGGGCCGUACCGGUCGGCGUAAAGUUCAGCCGCUCCUGGGCAUGUUGCAGUGGGCUGUUGCCCGUCGGAGUGACAGUCGGAAAUCUGCCCUUGAUGCUGUUGAAUCUGUGCAGCUUUUUGCACCUUCGCAAGUGAUGCCGAAGGUACUGCUCAUUCCGAUUCCCAUUUUUCAAGCGAACGCUGCGACCCUGCUCCACCGAGUUGGGAAAUGGAUGCUUCCCGGAGAUGAGACUCCGCCUGCACACCUUGGGGGCGAGGCUCUGGGAAGCAUUCUUCGAGAGAUCCCGUUUAAGGUCGUCCUUACUUGCACCUGGACACAUUGCGGGGGCUACAGUUAA